CACCUCUGGCUGCCCGCGAUGCGCAUCGUGUCGUGGAACGUCAACGGCCUCAAGAGCGUGCGCGGCUACCGCCCGUGGUACGCGCUGCCCGACUGGGCCGCGUGCCUCGAGCUGCUGGGCGCCGACAUGGCGUGCGUGCAGGAGGUCAAGGCGACGCGGCGCGCCCUCGACGGCGAGCGCGGCCUCAUGGCGCCCGCCGGCUGGACGACGUUCGCCGACUUGCACCCGCAGCGCGGCUACUCGGGCACGGCGACGUACGUGCGCAGCGCGGCGUGCCGGCCGUGCGCCGCCGAGCCGGGCAUCACCGGCGCCGCACGCACGCCCGACGGCCUCGCACUGCCGCCGCUGGCCCAGCCGCUGGCGUGCGACGACGCGCUGUGGGCACAGCUCGACGCCGAGGGCCGUGCCACCGUCGUCGACUGCGGCCUCUUCGUGCUCUUCAACCUCUACUGCCCCAACGAGACGGACGAGACGCGCCGCGAGUACAAGCUGACGUACAACGCAGCGCUGGCGGCACGCGUCGAGGCGCUGCUGGCGGCGGGGCGCGAGGUCAUCGUCGUCGGUGACCUGAACAUCGCACGCGAGCCCAUCGACCACUGCGACCACGCCGGCAAGACACCGCGCGACGCCUAUCUCGCAGCACAUCCCGCCCGCGCCUGGCUCGACUCGUGGCUGCUGCCCGCGCCGACGGGCCGCCUGCACGACGUCACGCGCGAGCUCUUCCCGCGCCGCGCCGGCAUGUACACGGUGUGGAACACGCUCAUCGAUGCGCGCCCGUCGAACUACGGCACGCGCCUCGACUACACGCUCGUGUCGCCGGGCCUGCGCCGCUGGGUCAAGGGCGCCGACAUUGCGCCCGACGUCUUUGGCAGCGACCAUUGCCCCGUGUGGCUCGAUCUGCACGACGAGCUCGUCGUCGACGGCGAACGUCUCGUGCUGCGCGACCUGCUCGGUGCCCACGGCACGCACAAGCUGCCGGCGACGGCGACGAGCAACUGGCCCGAGUUCAACCAGCGCAACAUACGCAGCUUCUUUGGCGCGCCGCGGGUGGCGGCAGCGGUUGCAAGCGCCGCAGGUCCGGAGAGUACGCCAGCGUCCGCUUCAGAGCCCGAGAAUGCGCCGGUCGCUGCCAGUGCAUUGGAGGCGCCAGCUGCGCCGCGUUCACCGACGCUGGCAGAUGCUUUCGCUGCACUGCGCGACAGUGAAGGCUCCGCCGCACACGCGGUACCGGCGGUCGGCGAGCUCGCUGCCAGCUCUGCGCCUGUCACAGCCAGUCCGGUGGCGGCUAUCGCACAACAGGCGCCACGAGCUACGGUGUCGCCGCAGAACACGCGCCCAGCUGCGCCGCGCCCCAGCGCAAGCCCGUCACCGUCUGCGCCGCGCGGCAAGGCGACCGCCAAGGGCAGCAAGGCGACCAGCAAGGGCAAGACUGCACAGGCGGGGCAGCGCAAGCUGAUGGCCUUCUUCGGCUCUGGCGCCGGCUCUUCGGCCAAGGCUGCCGAGUCUGCGGCGGCUCCUUUGGCAGACGCUUCGUCAUCGACUGUAGAUGCUUCUAGCGCGGCGCAGCAGGCAGCGAUGGCACCAGAUGGUGAGGCUUUCGGAGUCGCCAACAGCUCCGCGCCGACCGCUGCCGAGCUGGCUGCCUCGACAUCCGACGGUGGUUUGGAAGACGAUGACGGCCCGAGCACAGCGGCAGCGCGUGUCGAGGCCUCGCUUGCGUGGGGCAGCAUCUUCAAGCCGCCGCCUGCGCCACGCUGCGUCGUUCAUCGCGAGGAGACGCGGGCAUGGACCGUCAACAAGUCAGGACCCAACCACGGCCGCAAGUUCUACCUCUGCUCGCGGCCUGUGGGUCCAGGGUACGAGCGCGAGGGCCGCGAGCGCAUCGACAUCAAUCCCGAGUACCGCUGCGACUACUUCAAGUGGGCCUCUGACGUGCGCGCAAGCUCAUGCGGCCGCGAGAACAGCGCCGCAGCGGGACAGCAGAGCCUGCGCGAGGUCGCGGGCUCUGCGCCGCGCCUCGGCAGCGGCGAGAAGCGCUCGACGGCUGAGGCGGAGCGCCGUGGCAGCCCGCACAAGCGCUUCCGCAUGUGAAGCCCUUCUGAUGUGAGUACUUGUCUGCACGUGCACGAGCAGCAGCAUCCCGGGAGGCAUCGGUGAUGCAACCAACUCAUCCUUAUACGACGAGUCGCACGCGUUUGCGCGUUGUGGCGGUGACGAUCAAACGUGGCAAGCCCGCGCCGGGCCUGUGCGGUCCAUGCGCCGCUGCCUCCUCGUCGCGGCCGGUGUGGGCGCUUGCGCCUGCGCCGGCCGGAUGAAGACGCGGCGCACCCGCCGCCGGCGCGGUCCUGAGACGCCUCGCGGUUGAUGCUGCUGUUGUGGAUCAGACAUGGCC